UGGUGAAGUGUUGUGGCAAUACACUCCUGUACAGUAGAUGGCGAUCGCAACCCCUUUCAGUUGGAUGCGAUCUGCCAAUCAAACUAAAGGAAAAAAGUCGUACACGCUACACGUCCAAGAUGGCAACCCCCUAUGUGACAGAUGAAUCUGGGAAGUACAUUGCUGCCACACAGCGUCCAGACGGAACCUGGAGGAAACCUCGGAAAGUAAAAGACGGAUAUGUCCCCCAGGAAGAGGUUCCUGUCUAUGAAAAUAAAUAUGUUAAGUUCUUCAAGAGUAAGCCAGAUCUACCACCAGGAAUGAGUCCAGAGGACACACAUCAGUCCAAACAACCACAACAGCCAAGGAUCCCUGGAAGUGUGGACAGAGAUAGUGAGAUUAUCGGGCUUUCCAAGACAGCCAAACGUAACAUCAAACGCAAAGAGAAGCGCAAGCAACAGCAGGAUGGUAAUGUUGACGUGGGGACAGUGAUAGAUGCUGUUGAGAAUAUGGCAAUAUCGGAGGGUGAUGAUAAUGAGAAGCCCUUGCAGAACACGCCAUCCUCCCCUGCUGGGACUUCUGAUGACCCCAUAACAGCAUUAACCGAGAAGGUUAAGAAGAUCAAAAAUCUAAAAAAGAAGCUGCGACAGAUUGAGGAUUUGCAGCAGAAAAUGGACUCUGGUGAGAUCAAGCAGCCCACAAAAGAGCAGCUGGAAAAGAUGGGUAGGGCCAAAGUCUUACAGGAUGAGCUGCAGCAGAUUGAGAAGGAUUCUUGAGAAAUUGUCAAAAGGGAUACUGUUGAAAACACAAACACCCAGGUCUAAAAUAAAGGGACUUUUCCCUUGAAAAUAGUCUGUUGUUUGUUAUUCUUAGCCAGUCAACAUGAACUCUGCAAUUGGAAUGUCAAGUGAAGAUAAUUCACUGCUCAAGUUAUUUUCACAAUACAGAAUCACAGCACAGAGUAGAUAAUACUUUUAUUUUUUUUAUUGUACAAAUAAGUGGAGAUAUCUGUAUGAACCUGUUUUUUUUUAAUGUUUUUUUUUAUAUAAACUUGGACUGACUCUUGGCACACAAGUACUUAUAAAACAAAUUGCCUGUGCAUUGGUUAUUGUGCACUUUCAUUUUUAUUUUAUUUUUUUACAUUAAACCGACUGUUGAGAAACUAACUUUAAAUGUUCCAUAUUAGAGUUAUGUAUUAAAGAUUCACAUUUUAAAUACCAGAGAACCUGAUUUGGGCUGAAUCUUAGUUUGAUUUUAAAAGCUGUGUGAUUGGAUGGCUUGAAAUGCAGAUUAAAUACUUUCAUAUUGAAGAACUCUGUAAGACAUCUGGUUAUUGCAUUAAAACAGUAUACUACAGGA